UUAUUCAUUGUCAGUCUGCUUGAAAAUAAAAUUAAAUAUUAUUGAAUAAGACUUUAUUCAAUUCAUAGUGACGGUGCUGGUUGUCAAUACACAUUUGCUGGAUUGCACGUAGACACUUCAAGUCUGAACAAACAUUUUUCUAUAUUAUCAUUUAGGAACAGUUCAACGUGUAAAACUUUGGUGAUUGAUUUAUUUAUUACUGAAGACCAGUUAUGGCUUCCAACAAAACCUCUUCUAAUGCGUCCGAUAAGUCAGAGCUCGAAUGUAGAAAAGGGGAACCAACUCUGGCACCUGUUGAGAACAUGCUGAGUACGUUUUGGCGUUCACUUACCGGAAUCUAUCAGACAAAAAAGACAGACACUACAAGUGAAGCCACGCCUAUGACACUACCUGGUACUGAUAAGAUUAAUCAACCAUUAAUGGCUUCGAAUAAGUAUCCUACUGUAAAGUCAGAGAGCAAGGAUUUGAACUCAGUUGAGAUUUCGAGCGAAAUGGAACCAACACAGGUAAUAAAUACAGACAAUCCGAAUGAAGUUCCACCUUUGAAAGGACCUGAUCUAUCACAACAGAUAUCACAAGAAGACUUGUCUACCAAAAAAGAACAAGUUAUGGCUUCGAAUGAAAAUCCAACUGUACCAAUGCAAACAACACCGACAGACAAUCCAAAUGAAGCCCCGCCUAUGACAACACCUGUUUUCAUUUCAGAUCAAUCCCAACAAAAGGUUUUAACAAAAGAAGACGUAUCGCCGUCCCCACAAAGACCAAAUAAAAAACCGACUGUAUCAUCAGACAGCAUCGGAAUUAAAUCAAUUGAUCUAGCUUGCGAAGUGGAACAAAAUCAGACUAGUGUGAUAGAUGAUCCAAAUAAUGACCCGCCCAAUAGUCUGGAUCCAAUGUCGUUAUCAAUUGAAGGAGAAUUGUCAUCUCAUAAAAGACCUAAUAAUACUUCGAAGGAAAACCCUUCUGUUUUGCCUGCCAGCAGGGAUUCUGAACCAUUUGAUCAAUCUAGCAAGGAGGAGCUAUCACAGACAAAAAAGACAGACAAUCCGAAUCCAGUUCCGCCUCUGAAAGGACCUGAUCCAUCACAACCGAUACCACAAGAAGAUCCAUCACAACUGGUACAACAAGAAGAUCCAUCACAACUGGUACCACAAGAAGAUCCAUCACAACCGAUACCACAAGAAAAUCCAUCACAACCGACAACAAAAAAAGAUCCAUCCCAACUGAUACCACAAGAAGAUCAAUCACAACCGAUAACACAAGAAGAUCCAUCACAACCGAUAACACAAGAAGAGCCAUCACAACCGAUACCACAAGAAGAUCCAUCCCAACCGAUACCACAAGAAGAUCCAGCACAACCGAUACCACAAGAAGAUCCAUCACAACCGAUACCACAAGAAGAUCAAUUCCAACCGAUACCACAAGAAUAUUCAUCACAACCAAUACAACAAGAAGAUCCAUCACAACCGAUACCACAGGAAGAUCCAUCACAACCGAUACCACAAGAAGAUCCAUCACAAUCGAUAACACAAGACGACCCAUCACGACCGAUAACAAAAGAAGAUCCAUCCCAACUGAUACUACAAGAAGAUCAAUCACAACCGAUAACACAAGAAGAUCCAUCACAACCGAUACCACAGGAAGAUCAUUCACAACCGAUACUACAAGAAUAUCCAUCCCAACCAAUACCACCAGAAGGUCCAUCACAACCGAUAACAGAAGAAGUUCCUUUACAACCGAUACCACAAGAAGAUCCAUCACAACCGAUAACACAAGAUUCAUCACAACCGAUACCACAAGAAGAUCCAUCACAACCGAUAACAAAAGAAGAUCCAUCACAACCGAUACCACAAGAAGAUCCAUCCCAACCGAUACCACAAGAAGAUCCAUCACAACCGAUAUCACAAGAAGAUCCAUCACAACCGAUACAACAAGAAGAUCAAUCACAACCGAUAACACAAGAAGAUCCAUCACAGCAGAUAACACAAGAAGAUCCAUCACAACCGAUACCACAAGAAGAUCCAUCACAACCGAUACCACAAGAAGAUCCAUCACAACCGAUAACACUAGAAGAUCCAUCACAACCGAUACCACAAGAAGAUCCAUCACAACGGAUAACACAAGAAGAUCCAUCACAACCGAUACCACAAGAAGAUCCGUCACAACAGAAACCACAAGAAGAUCCAUCCCAACCGAUACCACAAGAAGAUCCAUCACAAUCCAUAACACAAGAAUAUCCAUUACAACCGAUACCACAAGAAGAUACAUCCCAACCGUUACCACAAGAACAUCCAUCACAACCGAAAACACAAGAAGAAAAAUCACAACCGAUACCACAAGAAGAUCCAUCAAAACCGAUUACACAAGAAGAUCCAUCACAACCGAUAACACUAGACGAUCCAUCACAACCGAUACCACAAGAAUAUCCAUCACAACCGAUACCACAAGAAGAUCCAACACAACAUAUAACUCAAGAAGAUCCAUCACAACCGAUACCACAAGAAGAUCCAUAUCAACCGAUACCACAAGAAGAUCCAUCACAACUGAUACCGCAAGAAGGUCCAUCACAACAGAUAUCACAAGAACAUCCAUCACAACCGAUACAACAAAAAGAUCCAUCACAACCGAUUACACAAGAACAUCCAUCACAACCAAUACAACAAAAACAUCCAUCACAACCGAUACCACAAGAAUAUCCAUCACAACUGAUACCACAAGAAGAUCCAUCACAACUGAUAACUCAAGAAGAUCCAUCACAACCGAUACCACAAGAAGAUCCAUAUCAACCGAUACCACAAGAAGAUCCAUCACAACUGAUACCGCAAGAAGAUCCAUCACAACAAAUAACACAAGAACAUCCAUCACAACCGAUACAACAAAAAGAUCCAUCACAACCGAUUACACAAGAACAUCCAUCACAACCGAUACAACAAGAACAUCCAUCGCAACCGAUAACACAAGAAGAUCAAUCACAACCGGUACCACAAGAAGAUCUGUCACAACUGAUACCACAAGAAGAUCAAUCCCAACCGAUACCUCAAGAAGAUCCAUCACAACCGAUACCACAAGAAGAAUCGAUUACAAGAAAUGUGCAUCUGUCAACACGCUAUUCCAGCGUCUUCAAGAAACCCCAAUGCCUUAUUUGCGCAAGCGAAGACAAUACACUCAAAGUCUGUAAUGAUGUCCUUGACGAGAUUUCCCACAUAGACAAACCGUGUGUCGUCGUGGCAAUUGCGGGAUUAUAUAGAACAGGAAAAUCAUUUUUGAUGAAUCGAAUUGCUAACGAACAAACAGGUUUUGUACUCGGUGACACAAUAGAGUCAACAACGAAAGGCAUCUGGGUUUGGUGCAAAGAUCAUCCAGAACAGAAGGACACAGUUCUAAUACUUCUGGACACGGAAGGAUUGGGAGACAUUGAAAAGGGGGAUUCGAACCACGACAACCGCAUUUUCACACUUGCUACACUGCUGUGCAGCACCCUAGUGUACAAUAUGAAAGGACAGUUGGACCAGGAUGCUUUGAAUAAACUCACAUUUGUUUCUGAAAUGUCUAAAACCGUCAAAUUUGGCGGAAGGUGUGAUGAAGACAACAGUCUUUUGCAAUGCGUACUUCCUGGAUUUGUGCUGGCUUUGAGAGAUUUCGAUGUGAAAUUGAUCAAAAAUGGUCGGAAAAUCACAGAAGACGAAUACCUUGAACAGGGCCUAGAGAGUAAAACGGGAAAAGGUGCUUCUUUCAAUAAAGUCCGUGAAUCCAUCCGAAAAUUCUUUCCGAAAGGCAGACGGAGAUGUUUUGCAUUCCCUCGCCCUGGCGACGUUUUGGAAAACAUAGAAAGCCUCACUUUUCAAGACCUUUCCCCAAAUUUUCAGAAAGUUACUACAAAAUUAUUGUCAUAUAUCUACUGCCAGGAACCAAAGCAACUCGAAGUUAGCAAACCAGUCAACGGAUCAAUGUUUGCCACGCUAGCCAGAAAUUAUGUAGAUGCCCUUGCAAAUGGAGCUGUGCCUGAUGUUGACGAUGCAUUUGCAACGGUUGCUAAAAUCGAAAAUCAAAGAGUUAAAGAAGAAUGCAUGAACAUGUUUCGAUCAAAAAUGGAGGAGUUACAGUUGCCACAGCCAUCAAAAUUGCUUGAUAUACAUUUCACAGACACCCGGUGGACUGCGCUUGAAUACAUGCGUACAAAAGCUAUCAAGGAUGUUGCAAAUGUUGUUGAAAGAAAAGCUCAGAUGGAAAUGGACUUGUUCUGGCAACAGUUUCAAAGACAAAAUGAAGGGGAAUUGGUGAAACAUUGUAAACACGUACUUUUUGGCUUGGAAUCCAUUAGAAACUUGCUUGCGAGGUUGCAGACCGAAGGUUAUAAUGUCCUCGGAGGCCAUAAAAAAUUCAAACGAGAUGUCGAAACAGCCAGGCAGCAAUACGAGCAAGCUUUUUUUGAUUAUGAACCAAGAGAGGUCGGAUUAGUUUGGAGCAACUUUGCGAACCGACUUGGUCCAGAUGAAAACAAGAUCCUUGAAAAAGACGAUGAGCUUUGUGUGGAACAGAAAAAGAGGGAGAAAGAAGAAACUGCAGAAUCAAUGGAACGAAUGAAAAUCGAAAUGGCAGAAGACAAUCAGAAAGCUUUAGAUAAACAAAAGAAUGAACUGGAUGAGCAACAAAUGGAGCUUAAUGUAGAACGCGAAAGGCGAGACAAAGAACAUGAGGACAAGGUAGAAGAUCUACAGAAAAAGAUUGCGUCUCUUGAAACAAAUAAGGAAGACCAAAUUAAACUACUUGAUCAAAUUUCAGCAUUUCAAGAGGAAAGCAGACGACAAAAGGAAGAGGCAAAUAAUAAACUCGAAGAAAUACAAAGACUUGAAAAUAAAAAACGUGAAGAUCUUGAGGAAAAGCUUACAAUCGAGAAGGGAAAAUUGGAAGAAGAGAAAAUAAAGUUUGAAGAGAGGCAUAGACGUGAAAAGGAAAAACGGGAAGAAGCCAAUAGAAAACACGAAGAAAAGCUUAUUAGCGAAAAGGAAAAAAGGGAAGAAGAGAAUAGAAAGCACGAAGAGAGGCAUAGACUUGAAGAGAAAAAACUGGAAGAAGCGAAAAGAAAACACGAAGAGAAGCUAACUAACGAAAAGGAAGUAUUUGAAAAAGAGAAGAGAAAACACGAAGAGAAGCUUAGAAGCGAAAAGCAAAAACGGAAAGAAGAAAAAAGAAAACACCAAGAGAAGCUUUCAAGCGAAAAGGAAGCAUGGGAAGAAAAAAAUAGAAAACACGAAGAGAUUCUUAGACGUGUAAAGGAAACAUGGGAAGAAGACAAAAGAAAACACGAAGAGAUUAUUAGAAGCGAAGAGGAAAAAAGUAAAGAAACAAAACGAAAUCAUGAAGAGACUCGUAGAAUGGAAAAAGAAGCAUGGACAGAACAAGUAAAAAAACACGAAUUGAAACUUAAUAGAGAAAAGGAAGUUUUUGAAGAGGAGAAUAGAAAUCAAAGAGAGCAGCUUAGAACCGAAAAGGAAAAACGGAAAGAGCAGAAUAGAAAACACGAAGAGCAGCUUAAAAUCGUAAUGGAAAAAAGGGAAGAAGAGAAUAGAAAACACGAAGAGAAACAUAAAAUUGGAAAAGAAAAACUGACAGAACUGAUGAAACAGGAACAGGAACGAAAAGACGAGUAUUUUUUUUUUCGAUUGUGGAAUGCUGCUCUGAAUAAAUAAGAUAUGAAUCUUGCUGUGAUUGAAAAGACGAUAUUUAGGAAAUUAGCUUAGAAAACUUACUUUACUCCUUUAAAUGCUGAAUUUUUUAUAGAGAAUACUUUACAGCUAAAAACUAAGUUUAAAACCCAGCUUGAAUGAAAUUAAUCAAAUGUAUUUUUGUUGCAUGUCAGAAAUGUUAUUCAUUUUACAAAAUUAUACUUUCAUGAAAAUACCAUAUAUAAGGUAUUCAAUUUACUGAUAUCAUGUUCACAAGUUAAUGACAGCAAAAUAACCUUUAUGAUAUUGUUAUUGGUCUAGCUUUUGAUAAAUUUAAGAUCAUUACACUGAUGUCGCCAUUAUUUGUAAGAUUUGCAUAGAAUGAUAGAAAGGCAUACCAGUUACUAUACGAACUUUGUAUAUGAUGCGAAUGUUUCUCGAUAUGUUUGAUAGCGUUUAUAGUCCAUUAUUUGGAAGAUUUUCAUAGUUUUAUCUACGAAAAAAACACACACAAACAAUUAUAAAUGAAAGUAAUUUUGUAUAUUAUAUGAAUGUUUCUCGAUGUAUGACAUUUAAUCAGGAAUGUAUGUAGAUGAAAUCGUGAAGUUGAAAUUGUGAAAUCCCAAAGCAAAAAUUAAAAGUCAAACCUUUAGAGUUGAAGGAUCAUAACGUUGAUUUCACCAUUAUUUGCAAGAUAUUCAUAGUUUUAUGUGCGAACGCACAGCAACAAUAACAUGUGAAUGCAACUUUGAAUAUAAUCUGAAUGUUUCUCGAUAGAAAUUAACAAUACGUGAGAUUAAAAUCGUGACUGAAUGGAGCUGACCUCGUGAAGAUGAAUGAAGUUGACCUCGUGAAGAUGAAAUCGUGGAAUCACAAACUAGAUAAAAUCGUCAAAUGAUCAUUUCAUUGAUAUAACCAUUAUUUGCAAGAUGUUCAUAGCUUGAUAUAAAAAAAAACACAACAACAAUUAUCGAAUCCUACUUAAUAUAUUAUGUAAUUGAUUUUCGAUAUGAAAUCUACAAAGGUUGGAAUUGAAAUCGUAAAAAUAUGGAAUUACUUAUCAAAAUAUUUAUUCAAAACAAACGAUCCUCGGUUUGGCUUAUCCUAAAUAUACGUUCAAACACGACACUGAUCUAUGUUUUACCCCUGAUUAAUUUAGACCUGAAUGAAUAUUCGAACAUGCCAUAUUCGAAGCUCAUCAAACAAUAAAAUUAUUGACGUAUACAAGUACAUGCAUAAUUAAGGUCAAAUGGCAGAAAGGCCACUCUUUUUCAUUAGGUUUUCAUAGAAUUGAUGUAAAAACAUCCAUAUGGAAAUCCUUAUGGCAGUAUAUAUAUAAUAUAUAAUGUAUUGAACGCCCUCAUGUUAGUUGUUAUAUUAAACGUCACUAUUCAACUGUGUUACAUGUUAAAAUACAUGUCAAUGAAUUAUGGUUAACGUUAAAACCGUAUUUAAAAAAGGAUAUGCACUGUCUCUGUAAAAAUGUGCACACUCUCCAUGAAUAUAUAUAUAGAUUUAUCUAUGUAAUCAGAUAUUUGAAUACAUAACCUUGACACAAUGUAUUAAUUUAAAGUUUAAUGAUAUGUUUUAUAUGCAUUUAUUUAUGUUAUCGGAUGUUUAAUGCAACUUCGAUACAAUAUAUACAUCUGUUUGUACAUUGUAUGCACAUUUUCUCGUUUACAAUUAACCAUACGCCCAAAUGCGGCCGGUUUCAAGAACAUUUCUUAGACGUGAAAUAUUUCCCGCCUUAUAUCAGAUUAGUCUAAAAUACUAAUGUUCCAAUCAAGUAGUCAGAAAAGUUUCAAUUAGUUUGUACUGUUCAAUUUCAUUGAUUUGGGAAACUAAGUACA